GUGGCGGCAAUGCAUCGAGGCAGAUUGCUUGUGAGAGUGAGCAUCCCCCCUCUAAUUCAAAGCGAAACACGGCCAACGGGAUUCAGUUGUUCGGUGGAAAAAAGACAGGAUUAUUAUAUAUAAAAACAAGUUUAUUUGCGUCCCGUCUGUGUGGAAUAGUUUCGGGCUUCCGGAGGUGUGUUCGGCGUACUCAAAGUUACCAAAAAGCUGCAAAAAAACUUGCUAGCUAACGCUGAAGCCUAAAGGACACACCUGUCCAACUACUAUCCUUCAUCUUUAUGAAAAUGUUGGUGGCAAUGCAGAUGUCAGCCACACUCAGUUAAAUGUUAGUACUACUUGAGCAGAUAUUGCUCGGCUGGCCAAAGAGGAAAAAGAAGAAAGUGGCUGCUCAAGGUGCUGGAAGAUGUCUCUCUGGAUGAUACUGCCCGUUAGCCUCCCAGUUCUUACCAUCACUGGGAUAUGGGUUGUGUAUGCCAUGGCCCUGUACAAUCAACAUGUCUGCCCUGUGGAUAACUGGUUGUACAACCAGUCAUGUGAGGAGGAUCUGUAUUUGCAGAGCGGACCAACCUUGUGCUGCACGCUAGACAAUGUACCUCUCAUCAGUAAAUGUGGGACCCUUCCCCCGGAGAGCUGCUUCUUCAGCCUAAUCUGCAGCACAGGAUCAUUCAUGGUUAUGGUGAUCGUGCUGCUCCGCUACGCCCACGUCAUCGAGAAGCACCAGAAUUGUGUUCUCAACACAGCGAGUCUCUCCACAGGCUGGAUCUGUGCCGCUGGACUCAUCAUGGUGGGCAACUUCCAGGUGGAUAAUUCAAAAGUUCUCCACUAUGUCGGAGCCGGCAUCGCCUUCCCCACCAGCAUACUGUUUGUGAGCCUGCAGUCAGCUCUGACGUACCGGCUGGCCAAGACCCAGGGGGAGUACAACGUGGCCCACCUCCGGCUCUGCAUGACCCUGCUGGCCUUCGUCGCCUUGGUGCUCAGUGGCGUGUUUUUCUGUCAGGAGAGCUUCGUCCUCCAACACGCGUCGGCCAUCUUCGAGUGGCUGUUCUGCGUCAUCAUCAUGCUGUUUUACGGGACUUUUGCCUGUGAGUUCGCCAGCAUGUCAUCAGAUACCAUGGUGGUGCUGGCUCGAGGGACCCUGGGACCCGCUGGGAGAGAACACAAGGUGGACGCACUGGGACCCCUGGGAGGGCCUCUUCCUCACUCACAGCCACACACACACCAACCGGAGAACAUGUCCAUACUGUAACCCGCUGGCACACCGUGAUGCCACACAGAUGGUUCCUUCCUUUCAAACUCUGGUUGUUGAAUGAGUUUAAUUAUUCUUUUCCAGCCGCGUUCGUCUGAAGCUUUGAAAUGAACCAGGCCAGUGCCACUCAUGGCAGAGUGGAGUCUACUUUUUCAGCCCUGAGGGGGGAGAGCUAAGCUUGUAUUGUUCUCACAUCAGAGCUCGGUGUCUCAAGAACUUUGCGUUUUGCACAUUGCACAAGUGUAAAACCAGACUUCCUCCCAGCUCAGUCAUGUGACAAGCAGAAGUGUAUUUUAUCAAUCAGAUAAAAAUGUGCUGUUCUCCUCUGAGAUCUUGAAACAUUUCUCAAUAGUGGACUGGUUUCACUUCAGAUGACUUCCUGAAAGCAUCAUUAUCUGCGUUAAGGAGUGAAGGCUGCUGGACGGCCGGGAUGACAGUGUUACAGCAGCGAGACGGAGAGGAGAGAGAGAAGAGGGUGUGAGUGUGAACGAGGGAGCAGGGUCAUGCUUGUUUUAUAAAGAUAAAUGCAAUACAUUUAAAGAAACUGUCAAAUAGAAAAGUAAGACAAUGUCUCAGUAAAUCCUACAUUAAGCAAUACAUUGUUAUACAAUUUAAACAAUUAUCAUCAUGCUCCACGCUACAUCUGCGGGUGGUCCAAAAUCACUUAAUAUAGUUUUAAAUUUGCAUCAUUAAUGACAAGAUGUUUGAAUAGCUACUCGUCUUGGUUCCAGGAUGCUUUGUGUGCUGUACUAUGUCCUUAUUUGAACCACACAUAACACAAACAGUGCCACAUUUACAUCAAAACGUUACGACUUAAAACCUAAAUAGUUGCCUCAUCCCCUUUGUGAUGGGAUAAAUACACCACAUUGACCUUAAACCUCAAAUGUGUUUGACUUCCUCUCUAGCGUUCUACCAAAGACAAUGAAAGAAAGAUGAUACAGUGUCCAGAGGCCAAAGACGUCCCUGCUAAUUCAAGCCAGAGCACUGGGUUUAUUGAGUUUAGUGAGCAGGCAUCACACGUGUUCCCAGCUCCUAUGAACGCAGGUCUGCAUCCCCCCCUCCCCCCCCAGCAAGGGGAAGCUGCACAUGCUGUCACUGCUUUACGGGAAAAGGGAAGAAGGAAGGAUUUGUUGUGUUACUGAGAUGCUCUGUUCUGCCUCCAUGUUACUUGACAGCAGAAUAAGCCAAAUAUCACUUGGUGCUAAAACACACGGCCUUAUCUUGAAGUUUUCCCUGAGUUUCUCUGUGUUUAUGUUAACGUCUGAUGAAUGGAAGCAUCAGGGCGGUUACAGACUGCUUAUAUUGGAGAAGCAGGGGCAUGAGGCUGCAGUGCCAGGAAUACCAAAACAGAUCUACAUUAAAUAUGGCUCCCUGCUAAUUGCUACACUGACUUGAUAAUUCUAUCUUCUAGUGUAUUUUAUUUUUAUUUUAGCCCCACAAAUCCUUUCAGUUUUCCCUUUUUUUAAGAUUUUCCAAUGUUUUUAUUUGUAUUCGCUGACUUUCUGUGAUGUGCUGUAAUACCGAGUAAGGAUUACUGUUUAUAUUUCUGGAAAAUGUUCAACAUCUCAGUGUAAUAUUAACACACUCUGAUCUCUCUGGUGGAAACCCAGAGCAAGCAGAGGGUUUACAACAGUGAUGGUCAUGUUACUAGGUGCUCUCUCAGUAAAAAUAUCAAACCCUCACACCACAACCGGCCACAUGUUGGGUAUAGGUUUCAGUAGUGCCAGUGUUUAAGCUGCUCAAAAGCACAUUAUUCAAACCGCUUUACAUCCUGUCAAAGCUGUGUCUCGGACGAAUACUGUCACAAAGACUGGAGUUGGAAAGCUUGUGCACGCUGCUAUAGUCCACACACCUGUGGUGUCUUGCUUCUCCCUACUGGUCAAACUGCGUACUGCGGGUUUUGGAUCAGAGCUGUGAUGUUGCUGCUCCGCUCACACGAGGUCUUGUUUUCUACUUGUAACAUUUUCUUUAUCCACGUUCGAUCACCUCAAGGUUUUUGCCAAAUCAGCUCUUGUUUUACUUUAAAUUUGCAAAGAAGGCGUAGCUAAGUGUGGGAGAGCUCUUAAACUCUGCCUGCUACUACUUUGAAGUAAAACCAUGUGACACUAGUUUUGCAAUAUGCAUUCUUUUAAGUGUUUUUUGUCAAAUGACUGUGCUGCUCGUGUGGCUGUAGUGUAAAAACCUUUUCAUUACUCCUUUCUGCAGGAUAGGAAACAUCUACAAAGCCCUUGUUUCGAUUUUUACACUACAGGAAUCUCUUUAGUAAAAUUCUCCCUAAGACAUAUUCACAUGUCGCAUUUUCCCCAUUUUGCAUCCUCUUCUUUUAAUGUCACACUCUUUCUUCUGUCCUUGCUUCCUCGUUUACUGAUCUGUCUGAACUUUGCACUCAGGAAAACGUUACGACCCAAGCUGCAUUGUUUGAUUCACAGCAGAAUGACCUCUGCAUGCUUCUGCCUUCUGUUGUUUUGUUUUUAAGGCAUUCGUUCGAUGACUGUUCAUCAUGUUUAUAUGUUGUGUGUUUAUGUAGGUUGAUAGCUACAAUAUAAUAGAUUAUUUCUGUUAAUCAAGACCCUGUUAAGCUUCAAAAUAAACAUUCCUGUCUAGUAAGCUUUUGCUUAUGUUGCUCAUGAUGGUUAAAUAUCUGCAAGAAAAACUCUCAUGCAAUCAUUAGAUCAUUGGUGAGCUUUCUGACAACUAGCUUCUGUAAACCUCACAGAAAUCUGUUACUCAAUACUGUUGAAAUGCAAAAUGCUCCCUAUGUGCCUUAUAUAUUAUUUUGAUAAUGAAAACCAAAGAGGUUUAGGUUGUAAAUUCUAUUUUGAUGUAAAGUCAUAUGAUUGUAUAUAUAUGCCUUAAUGUUCAACAAAUAAAAAUGUUCCAAAAACUAA